AUGGGUAAUCGUAGUCAAACACUAUUGCUGUUGGCUAUUGCCAUCUUUGGAAUAGCUAAUGCGGUGUCGAUUCCAAGAACACCGAGACCCAACACCAGGAACACGAACGUACCGAUGAACUUCACCGCGGACAUCAUUUUGCGGGAUGGAUACUUGCUCGAGCAGCACCAAGUGACGACGGCGGACGGUUACGUCCUGACGAUGUUCCGCAUUCCGGGCAGUCCAGCGAAUCCCGCCGUUCAGGGCAAGAACGUUGCGUUCCUGAUGCACGGCCUGCUAAGCUCAUCGGCUGAUUAUGUCAUUUCCGGACCGGGAAGAGCUCUCGCUUACAUGCUGGUCGAUGCCGGGUACGAUGUGUGGUUGGGUAAUGCCCGCGGCAACACCAACUCUCGCCGCCAUAUCUUCCACGAUCCGGACGCGCGCAACACGGACUUCUGGGACUUCAGCUGGCACGAGAUCGGUUACUUCGAUCUGCCCGCGAUGAUCGAUUAUACGCUGGCGCACACGGGCCACACGACGCUACACUACGCCGGCCACUCGCAGGGCACCACUUCGUUCUUCGUGAUGGCAUCAACGCGACCGGAUUACAACAAGAAGAUACGCUCGAUGCAUGCGUUGGCACCGGUGGCUUUUAUGAGCAACCUGCGCUCACCGUUCGUCCGUGCCUUUGCACCGUUUGUGAACCAGCUCGAGUGGAUCAUGAGCAUGCUGGGUGUGAACGAGUUUUUGCCCAGCAACGACAUGAUGAUAAUGGGCGGACAGCGCUUGUGCGAGGACGAAUCACCGUUCCAGGAGGUGUGUGCCAAUGUGCUGUUCCUGAUCGGUGGCUUCAACUCGCCCCAGCUUAAUCGGACCAUGAUUCCGGCCCUGCUGGAGAAUGCACCGGCCGGUGCCUCGGUCAACCAGUUGGUCCAUUACGCCCAGGGCUACAACUCAGGAAACUUCCGGCAGUACGACUUCGGCCUCACGCUCAACCUGAUCCGGUACGGUUCGAUCCGUCCGCCCGAUUAUCCGCUGCAUCGUGUGACGGCCCCGGUGGCGCUGCACUUCAGCGACAACGAUUGGCUGGCAGCCGUGGAGGAUGUGCGCCAGCUGCACUCACAUUUGUCCAACUCGAUCGGUCUGUUCCGUGUGUCCGAUCCACGCUGGAACCAUCUCGAUUUCGUCUGGGGUAUCGAUGCCAAUACGUUCCUGUACGAGCGAGUGAUUAGCUUUAUGGACCGAUACAACUGA